UGUGCUGUGGGGAACGAGGACGGAUUUGUAAACCCCCGAGCAAGGUUCUGCCUACCUGAGGCCGCUGCUGUGCAGAGACCCCUGGGUGAAGUCACCGUCACCAUGUCUGACCAGGAGGCAAAACCUUCAACUGAGGACUUGGGGGAUAAGAAGGAAGGAGAAUACAUUAAACUCAAAGUCAUUGGACAGGAUAGCAGUGAGAUUCACUUCAAAGUGAAAAUGACAACACAUCUCAAGAAACUCAAAGAAUCAUACUGUCAAAGACAGGGAGUUCCAAUGAAUUCACUCAGGUUUCUCUUUGAAGGUCAGAGAAUUGCUGAUAAUCAUACUCCAAAAGAACUGGGCAUGGAGGAAGAAGAUGUGAUUGAAGUUUAUCAGGAACAAACAGGGGGUCAUUCAACAAUUUAGAUAUUCUUUUUAUUUUUUUUCUUUUCCCUCAAUCCUUUUUUAUUUUUAAAAAUAGUUCUUUUGUAACGUGGUGUUCAAAAAGGAAUUGAAAACUGGCGCCCCAUCUCUUUGAAACAUCUGGUAAUUUGAAUUUUAGUGCUCAUUAUUCAUUAUCGUUUUUUUUCAUUGUGUUGAUUUUUGGUGAUCAAGCCUCAGCCCCAUUCAUAUUGCCUUCUCCUUUUUAAAAAUUACAUGUGUGCACAGAGUGGCCACUUUUUUCAGAACUGUUCAUUUUCAGGCUUGUGGCGAUAAAUAAGAUCAACCAAUGUGAGUGUUCAUAAUGACUUUCCAGUUGGCCCUGAAGUUC